AACAACAUGGGGAAAGGUUUUUACAUCAGCAAAGCCAUUGGGGUGGUGCUGCUUAUCCUCGGUGUUGGAGCAGUGGCCACCAUCAUUGCUCUAUCGGUUGUUUAUGCCCAAGAAAAGGCAAAACCUAAUGAAGAAGUCUCACCAACAAACGAGACAACAACAUCCAAACCUCCUGUCACAACACCCAGCCCAUCCAAUGAACCUUGGGACAAGUACCGCCUGCCUAAGAGCCUGGUCCCGGAUCACUAUACUGUCUCCCUAUGGCCCAGGCUGACUCCAAACAAGGCAACGGGACUUUACAUCUUUACAGGUGAGUCCACUGUGAGGUUUCAGUGUGUUGAGGAGACUGACCUGAUCCUGAUCCACUCCAACAAGCUCAACUACACCACAUUUAAGGAUGGACACAUUGCCAUGCUCAGCACAGUUGGUGACAGGAAGGCUGCCCCCUCCAUCACAUCAUCAUGGCUAAAGGCUGAGACUCAGUACAUGGUAAUCCAGCUUGAUGGCAAACUGGUAAAAGGCUACAUGUACGAGAUUUCCUUGAAGUUUACUGGGGAACUGGCCGAUGACCUGCGGGGUUUCUACAGGAGUGAAUACAUGGAAGAUGGAAAAAACAAGGUUGUUGCCACAACACAGAUGCAGCCAACAGAUGCAAGAAAGGCUUUCCCCUGCUUUGACGAGCCUGCUAUGAAAGCCACGUUCAACAUCACUCUGAUCCACGAGCCUGCGAAGAAGGCGCUAUCUAAUGGCAUGAUUAGGAGAACACGCCUUGCAGACAUAGGUGGUGAGAGGGUUAUGAUCACUGAAUUUGAGCAAACCGAGAAAAUGUCCACAUACUUGUUGGCAUUUAUUGUCAGUGACUACGACUUCAUUGAGAGCACUACCGACAGAGUUUUGAUUCGCAUCUUUGCUCGGAAGAAGGCUAUCGCUGCAGGGCAGGGAGGGUAUGCCCUGAAUGUCACCGGGCCCAUCCUCAACUUCUUUGAGAAGUACUACAACACAAGUUAUCCUCUACCUAAAUCUGAUCAGAUAGCUCUGCCAGAUUUUAAUGCUGGAGCCAUGGAGAACUGGGGUCUCAUCACAUACAGAGAGACGGCUCUGCUCUACGACCCCAAGUUCUCCUCCAACUCCAACAAGGAAAAGAUUGCUUCCAUCAUUUCUCAUGAGCUGGCUCACAUGUGGUUUGGUAAUCUGGUGACUCUGAGGUGGUGGAAUGACUUGUGGCUGAAUGAAGGCUUUGCCUCCUAUGUGGAAUACCUGGGAGCAGACUACGCUGAACCUACAUGGGGUGUGAAAGACCUUAUCGUGCUUGGAGACAUCCAUCGAGUAUUUGCAGUCGAUGCACUUGCCUCCUCUCACCCCUUGUCCUCCAAGGAAGAAGACAUCCAGAGACCAGAACAGAUCAGUGAGCUGUUUGAUGCCAUAUCAUACAGCAAGGGGGCGUCCGUUCUGAGGAUGCUGUCUGACUUCCUGACUGAAGAAGUCUUCACAAAGGGACUCAAUUCCUACCUGACUACUUUUGCCUUUGGGAAUACGGUCUACACAGACUUAUUUAACCACCUUGAGCAAGCUGCUGUAGCUAGUGGCAUCAACCUUCCUCUGACAGUCAAUGAGAUCAUGAACCGCUGGGUGCUUCAGAUGGGCUUUCCUGUUGUUCAAAUAGAUACCGCCAGUGGAGUGGUAACCCAGAAGCACUUUCUCUUGGACCCAGAGUCCGUCGUCACUGUACCUUCUCCCUACAAUUAUGAGUGGAUUGUUCCAAUCAAGUGGAUGAAAACUGGAGAGAAGAAACCAGCAGUAUGGCUGCAGAGCAAAUCAGACACAGUUGUGACCAUGAAAGCACCAGGGAAGGACUGGGUGCUGGCUAACCUCAACAUGGUGGGUUACUACAGAGUCAACUACGACCAGAACAACUGGAAUAAACUCCUCGCCGUUCUGGACACCAACCAUACAGCCAUUCCAGUGAUUAACAGAGCUCAGCUGGUGGAUGAUGCCUUCAACCUAGCCAGAGCAAGGUUUAUCAGUACAGUGCUGGCCCUGAAAACAACCAAGUAUCUGAGCAAAGAGUGGGGCUACAUACCCUGGAAGUCUGCCCUGAACAACCUGGACUUCUUUGAACUCAUGUUCGACCGCAGCGAUGUUUAUGGACCCAUGCAGGCGUAUCUAAAAAAACAGGUGGGACCUCUGUUUGACUACUAUAAGAACAUGACGGACAGCUGGAAAAAAGUACCCGAUGGCCACAUGGACCAAUAUAAUCAAGUGAAUGCUAUCAGCAUGGCUUGCAAAACAGGCAUCCAGGAGUGUCUGAAUCUGACAAAGACCUGGUACAAAGCGUGGAUGGAUGGCAAGCACCAGAUUCACCCCAACCUGCGUUCCACUGUGUACUGCAAUGGCAUUGCAGAAGGAGGCGCUGCGGAGUGGGAAUUUGCUUGGAAACAGUUCAAGAACACCUCCAUUGCUAUUGAAGCUGAUAAACUCCGCUAUGCACUGGCCUGCACAAAAAAGCCCUGGCUCCUCAACAGGUAUCUGGAGUAUACUCUUGAUCCAGACAUGAUCCGUAAACAGGAUGCCACCUCCACCAUUGUCUACAUUGCCGGCAAUGUGAUCGGUCAGUCUCUGGCUUGGGACUUUGUCAGGGCGCGCUGGUCACACAUCUUCAAUCAGUACGGGGGUGGAUCCUUCUCUUUCUCCAAUCUCAUCAACGGAGUUACUGAGAGAUUUUCAACUGCGUUUGAGCUGCAACAGUUGAAGCAGUUCCAGGUGGAUAACGCUGAUGUGGGAUUCGGCUCUGGGACGCUGGCCUUGCAACAGUCCAUCGAGAGAACCAACGCCAACAUUAAAUGGAUUGCUGAGAACAAGCAGCAGGUUCUGGACUGGUUCAUUUCUGAGACGAAACCUUAAAGAGACUUUUCAAUGAAUGCUGCAUGGGUUUAAUUCAUGCUGACUUCAUUUAAUUAUAGAAUGCCCUGUAAUGAGCAAAUGAAAUUCAGUCCCUUGUACAUGUCAUAGACGUGGUAGUAAACUGGCCCAGUCUCUGCUUGACAGAGGUAAUGGAUGAGCAGUGGACAGAGACUCUACGUUGUCAUCCCAUGGAUUGGGAUCUACACUCCUCGGACUGAGGCGAUAGUCAGCAUACAGACACAUGAGCAUUCACUGUAAUACAUAUUUAUCUUAUGAAAGGGGCUUUUUUUUUUUUACAUCUCAACCUUAAACUUUAAUUUCACCACUGCUGAAAUUUCAAAACAGCCCUUGUAGUUACUGCAACCAAACUCUUUUUCUAGAAGGGUACAUUAUUGGCUGUGGUCCUUUUGGUUGAAAAAGCACAUAGAAUUGACAUUAUGACCAGAAAAUUGUUCUGAAUAUGAAGAAUAUUUUGUUAACUUGGUUUGCUGUAAAAUAGGCUUCGCAGCAGUUCAACAAAGAAAUGCUGUUUACAAAACUAAUCAUAAGAUAACAUGGAUGUCAAUAGAAAUAUUUUCCAGCCUUUUCUAUUUCUGAACUGUGACUUUUUAUAUAUAUAUAUAUAUAUUACUUGUUGUUUGUUUUUGUUCCCCGAAUUAUUUGGCACAAUAUAAUUUAUAAUGAACAGUAUUUAGUGAUGUGUUCGUAGGUUUACAAGACACAUCAUCGCCAUUUUAGUCAUUAUUCAGGAAUAUAAAAGAUUGUCUUAUAGAUGCUUUCUGGUAAUGAAGGUUGCCUAUUUAUAAAGAGUAUCUCAUUUUGUCAAAGUCAGCCUGGAACUGUGUUCUAGUUUCUUAUUUUUGAGUGGAUGAAAUGUUUGGUUGAAUCAGAGUCAAGGGAAAAGGGUGGUAAGCACUAGCUCUUGUAUGAUGCUAUUCACGAUAAUAUCCAUAUGUAUAUCCAUGUGUGUGUGCGUGUGUGUGUGUGUGUCUGUACACACACACACACACACACACACACACACACACACACACACACACACACACAUACACAUACAUAUAUGUAUAUUUAAAUAUCUAUACACACAUAUACAUAUAUAUUUCAAUAUAUUAAGAUAUAUUUCUUCAUUAUAGCUUCAUCUUCCUCUCACAAGUAUUCUCGUAAAUCUGAGUAUACUGAACACAAUACUCCACAGUAUACCUUGAAAUCUGAACCCAUGGUAUACAUAAUACAUGCAAAUGUCAAUAUUAAUAUUCAUUCCCCCUUCUUAAAUAGGUUUCUUAGUUAAGAAAAAUGCUUACAUAUCUUACUGUGAACAAGAUACAACAUCUCCAUUUGUUGACUUUCAAAAUGGAAAGCUCAAACAUUCUAGAUAUUAACAGGAUGAUGUUGAACAUUUAAAAAGCGCUCAUCCAGGUUGCCCGCCAUCUCUGUUCUCUUAAAGUAACUGAUUAGUGAUGACAAAGUCCCCUCGCUUAUAAGAAAAUCCACAAGAUAACAGUAAGCGGGCUUUUAAGAUUUCAAUGAGGGAUACACUUAAUUGAACUCACUCCUCUUUCUGUUAACCCUCUCCAAACUGAACUAAUGAUACACGUCCUGUUGUGCUGAUGCUGUUGAUAUUGUAGAUAUUUUAAUAUAGUAGCCUUAAACUAUGACUCAUUGGAUAAUGUUCUUUAUUCUUGCAAAGCAAAUAAAUGCAUUUGUCAUGUG